GGCUGCUUCACGAGCCCCCACCUCCACGGCUGCCGCGAGCGCGUGCGCGUCGGCGCCACGCCCGUGUCCGCCGCGGCGCUCGAACGGCACGGCCGCGACGCGCUCGCCCGCGCGGACGCGGCCCGGGCCGAGGCGUGGGGCUGCGUCUUCUUCGACCGGCUCCUCGCGGCGGCGCUCCUCCACUUCGGCGCCGAGGGCUGCGGCGUGCUCGUGCUGGAGGCGGGCAUCGGCGGCCUCUACGACUCGACGAACUUCUUCGGAGCCGAGGACCUCGAGCUCGCGGUCAUCACGUCCAUCUCCCUGGACCACACGACCAUGCUCGGCUCGACGCUCGCCGAGAUCGCGGGCCACAAGGCCGGCGUCAUGCGCCGGGGCGUCACGGCGCUG